GUAACAGAUAAACCAUCUGAAAAGCAUCUAAACCCUAAGGAUUGCCACAGAGUACUAGCAGCAGCAAAGCCCCACGUGGUAAACAUGUUUUAUCGGUCAGUCCCAAAUUGUGAACUAAAUGACACAGAGAAGACCAUCACAUGCUACUGCCUUUAAGCUUUGCUGAUGCUCAAUUAUCUUCGCAAACCAUCUGUUGUUCAAAACCUGAUGGUGAAAGAUUGGCUGGAGAGGAAGGAUACUGCCUAUUUUGAUGUAAGGACCAAAAAGAGAGUCUGCAUCGUAAAAACACAAGGGACUGCUAUUGCGCUUACAGAUGAGGAGGAGCUGCUGUUCAGCACAUACUUUAAACAUAUCCGACCAACCCAACUGACAAAGGAAUCAAAGACAGUGGAACAGUUCUUUGUGUCGUGCAAAGGAAAACCAGUCACAAGUCCGUGCAAUGACUCAGUAGGACUGAGAAUAAUUAGGUAUUACAUUUACUGUCUUGCACCACUAAAGUGUCCUGUACCACUAACAAUGCCUUUAUUUAUGUCCCUUAGGUUUCAGAUACCUGCAGUAACUGGAAAAGAGGCAAAGGAGGCUUUUGAUCAGUGUGCUGAUGGCAAUCUAUGUCAGGAAGAUAGAGAAAUUGGUAAUAAUUAUAUCCACCUGGACAUCUGCCAACUCGGAUUCAGUAAAAAUGCAGUUAUCCAGGGUAUGCAGAUUCUCACCACAUUGAGGGGUGCAAAUGAAACUGAGAGUAGUGAACAGUCUCCUAAAAAGAGGAGGAGAGAAGGAGAAAAUCAAGAAGAAGAAGAAGAGGAGGAAGGAGAAGGAGGAGUGGAAAGCACUGCAAGUGUCAGCCAGCCCAAAGCACAAUACUGCCUGGAUAAAUGGAGACGAACCCAAUAUAGAGAUCGUAUCAAGGAUGUUGUUGGAAUUUUCCGAGCGAAGAGCAAGUGAAGGUUUAUAUGGAACAUCAGGCCUGGACACCAAUGUGCCAAGAACAUUUGACAUUCUACAGGCCUGGAGACCUUGAGAAAAGACUCACAGGAGUGGCCAGGACUUGUGGAUGUGGUGGAUAAAAGAAAAAGUGGUUACUCCCUUAAAACCAGUCAGGUCUUUCAGAAAGGAGACAUUUUCUGUGACUAUCACGGAGUCCUAAUGGAUGGCAAGGAGGCUAGGCUGAGGAGCUACAAAAAACAUUGACUGACGAGAAAUCUUAUAGCUUCUCCUUCCAGGACAAAGGGAAGAAGAUGUGCCUAAAUGUCUCAAAUGUAUCUUGCCCGUGCCACCAAGGCAUGUUUUCAACUUUUGGAAGGCUGAUCAAUCAUUAAUCAAAAAGGCCAAAUCUGAAACCUGUGCUCAAACAUGUGAAGGACGAAAAACAGCCAGUUAUUCUCUUUGAGGCAAAGAGAAAACUUUCACCUGGCACAAAACUAUUAUUUGACUAUGGUGUCUGUAAAAACUUAUUCGGUGAAGGUACAGAGCUAAGUUGGCUUGACACUUUACCUCAUGCUGCUUUGUCUAUUGUAGCUAUAAAACAAUGCUAUAAUUUGUCCAAGUAUAAUAUUAAGAUAGGAUAUUCUUGUUAUAAUGCUUUUUUGUCACCGUUAUGUUAAUUAUUGUUAAAUUAUUAAACUGUUGGUAUGAUGUUUUUACCAUUUUGUUAAUUAUUACUAAGGGUGAGGACUGUCAGCAAUUAAAUAUAUUGGCUCUAUUGAUUAGAAGGUAUAAAAGCUGGUUUUAGGCCACCCAGGUAAAGGGAGUCCCUCGAUUAGCGAAUUGAAGGGUCUUGAUUAGGGAUGAGCGAAUCGAGUUCGGGAAAUGGCUAUUUACAGUACAAAUUAGUUUAUGAAGUUAUUACGCAAAGUCUUGUGAGACUUCGCAAAGCAAUAACUUCUUUAU